AAUCUCCCUUUUUUGCUCUCCAGUGAGUGGCUGGACUUCCUCCUCCCUCACUUUUCCAUCUCGCCUUACCUGGUCGCGCAUCCUCAGUGGGUUCAAUCCUCUCCCAGAGAUUUACUCCUCCUAAUCUCUCUCUCUCUCUCUCUCCCCACCCCGCCCCGGCUGCUCCAUCUGAACAGCCGACGGCUGAACAAACAGAAGGAGAAACAACCGAGGAACAAAUGAACGGACGGGUUGGCUGUCAGGCAGGAGGCAUUUGCUACUUUGGGAUGUGACUUUCCACAGGAAGAUGGACCAGGAAAGCAGACGAUCUGCCAAAACUCACUAGCACCUGAAUGAGAAGAGCCGCUGAUCCCUUGGGUUUCCUCCCGCAACAUCGCUUGACAGCUGAAGGAUCCAGAAGACACGAAAAGGCAGUGCUAAAAUACCAUGGCAUGCUUCAGGAAGGAUACAGUUCCUUAAUUCAAGCUUCAUCUGAAUUGUGGUGGCUUGAUCACCUAUAAAGCACAUCUUCAAAGGAAGAGGCAGUUAUGCCCAUGUAGUUAACUGAACAGGUUAAAAUAUAUCCACUUGCACAAAACACAGAACAAACUUUGAUAAAAUAUAGCCGUCCAUCCAGACGUAUUUGCUCAAAAUGGAUGAUGGCCGUAGAAACCAGGGGAGCCAUGGGCUUGGUGAUUAUCGCUACCAGGAUGGUGGCUACACAAGUUAUGCUCCCAACGACCCAACCUAUCACACUGGGGAGGAGCCCAAUCAGGAAGAAGAUGCUCAGAGCGAUGCUACCGAAGGCCACGAUGAAGACGAUGAAGUCUAUGAAGGAGAGUACCAGGGCAUUCCUCACCCAGAUGACAAGCCCAAGCAGAAGAAGAAAGCCGGCUUGUCCAAUGAGUUCAGAGAUCAUGAUGAGCUUAUAGCAGAAAAGAUGGAAGAUGAAGAGCAGUUGGCUCACCAGUAUGAGAAUAUCAUUGUGGAAUGCGGGCACGGGCGAUUCCAAUGGAUGCUUUUCAUUGUGCUGGGCUUGGCCCUGAUGGCCGAUGGAGUGGAAGUGUUUGUGGUUGGUUUUGUCUUGCCCAGUGCUGAGAAGGACAUGUGCUUAUCAAGCUCCAACAAAGGAAUGCUAGGACUCAUUGUUUAUUUUGGAAUGAUGGUGGGGGCCCUUUUCUGGAGUGGCCUGGCAGACAAACUGGGCCGGAAGCGGUGCCUGAUCAUAUCCCUCUCCAUCAACGCCAGCUUCGCGUUCCUCUCCUCCUUCGUUCAGCAAUACGGCUUCUUCCUCUUCUGCCGCCUGAUCUCCGGUUUUGGUGUCGGAGGUUCCCUGCCCAUCGUCUUUGCCUAUUUCUCUGAAUUCUUAGCCCGUGAGAAGCGAGGAGAACACCUGAGCUGGCUCUGCAUGUUCUGGAUGAUUGGUGGUUUGUACGCCUCGGUCAUGGCCUGGAGCAUCAUCCCACAUUACGGUUGGGGCUUCAGUAUGGGGGCCCAUUACCACUUCCACAGCUGGAGGGUUUUUGUGGUGGUCUGUUCCCUGCCUUGCAUAGCAUCCCUUGUGGCUCUGAAAUUCAUGCCAGAAAGCCCACGUUUUUUGUUAGAGAUUGGUAAGCAUGAUGAAGCAUGGAUGAUCCUUAAGCAAGUCCAUGAUGUCAACAUGAGGGCCAAGGGAGAGCCAGAAAGGGUAUUUACGGUAGCUCAGAUAAAAACUCCCAAGCAAGUUGAUGAAUUUAUUGAAAUACAGAGCUCCACCGGAACAUGGUACCAACGUUGCUUUGUUAGAGUCAUGACCACCAUCAGACAGGUAAUAGACAAUGUGGUUUAUUGUCUGGCAGCGCAGUACAGAAUGAACACACUAUUACUGUCAGUUAUCUGGUUUUCAAUGGCAUUAAGUUAUUAUGGCCUGAUUGUCUGGUUCCCCGAUAUGAUACGGUAUUACCAAGAGGAAGCAUAUAAGUCUGAGAGGAAGAUAUUCGAGUCAGAAUUAGUGAAGGACUUCACCUUUGACUUCAAUCUCCGAAACCAGCUCUACUUGAAUUGGACAUUCAAGAAUGACAGGUUCAUUCAAAUGAAAAUGCGCGAUGUGACUUUUGACAACUCCCUCUUUGAGGACUGUCAUUUUGAAGAUGUGACAUCCAGCGAGACCUUCUUCAAAAAGUGCACUAUUGUAAAUACCAUCUUCUAUGACACAGAUCUCUACAUGUACAAAUUCAUUGACUGCCAAUUAGAGAACGUCUCUUACGUUGAGGAGAAGAAGGGUUGCCAGCUGGAUUUUGAAGAAGACAACGAUUUCCUCAUUUACCUUGUCAGCUUCUUGGGCAGCCUUUCCGUCUUGCCUGGUAAUAUCAUCUCAGCUCUGCUGAUGGACAAAUUAGGAAGAAUCAAGAUGAUCGGGGGGUCCAUGCUGAUCUCGGCAGUGUGCUGUUUCUUCUUGUUCUUUGGCCACAGUGAGUCAGCCAUGAUCGGAUGGCAGUGUCUCUUUUGCGGCACGAGCAUCGCUGCCUGGAACGCUUUGAACGUCAUCACCGUAGAGCUGUAUCCCACACAUAAAAGAGCCACAGCCUUUGGGAUACUCACCGGUGUCUGUAAAGUUGGGGCCAUCUUGGGAAACUCCAUCUUUGCCUCUUUUGUUGGGAUCACCAAAGUGAUCCCCAUUCUUCUGGCUUCUUCUGCUCUAGUAGUAGGAGGCCUCCUAUCCCUGCGGCUGCCGGACACGCGGGACCAAGUCCUGAUGUGAGCAGCUGGAGGAUGAACCGCAACACCGGCCUACGGUGAAGAGACCUGCUUAGAAGAAAAUCAAAAUGUCUACCGAUAUUUCUCUGCCAAUACCUCAUAUUUUGUGGGGAAAGGGGGAGAAGAAGAGACCUUCUAUUGAAGGAAGGUUAAAACCCUGAUUCUAGGACUAUUGUGUAGUGAUGGUGGAGCCCACACAGCCAGUCAAAAUGCAUGAUACACCCCUUACCUGACAAAUAUGUGCAGAGUUCUAAUCAGUAGCCACCACAGCCUACUAGAUUGGAGAAAUUCUACAUUAAAAGGAAUGUAUAAACAUCAAUUUACAGUAGAUAUCAAUAUAGCUUGAUAUCUGUAUUUCUAGAGUUUUCCAGGAAAUUUUUAUCUAUCUAUCUAUCUAUCUAUCUAUCUAUCUAUCUAUCUAUCUAUCCAUCCAUCCAUCCAUCCAUCUCAUCUAAUCCAUCCAUCCAUCUGUCUAAUCCAUCUCUCUCUCUAUCAUCUAUCUGUCUAUCUAUCUAUCCAUCCAUCCAUCCAUCCAUCCAUCCAUCCAUCCAUCCAUCCAUCCAUCCAUCCAUCUAUCUAUCUAUCUAUCUAUCUAUCUAUCUAUCUAUCUAUCUAUCUAUCUAUCUAUCUAUCCAUCCAUCCAUCCAUCCAUCCAUCCUCUCUAUCUAUCUAUCUAUCUAUCUAUCUAUCUAUCUGUCUGUCUGUCUGUCUGUCUGUCUGUCUGUCUGUCUGUCUGUCUGUCUGUCUGUCUGUCUAUCUAUCUAUCUAUCUAUCUAUCUAUCUAUCUAUCUAUCUAUCUAUCUAUCUAUCUAUCUUCCAUCAUCCAUCAUUUAUCUAUCUUCUCCUUUCUCCAAGAGCAAGGUAGAAUACAUAACGCUCCUUCCAAUUUUCCCCCACAAAAAACAAUUCUUUUUUUUUUAGGUUGGGCUUAGGUAGACUCACUGGCCUCAGGUCCCCCCAUGCAUUUCCACGGAGAAGACAUUUGAACCUGGAUGUCCCAGGCGCUAGAUAUGCAGUUGAAUCCCUAGACCAGUGCUUCUCAACUUUGGCACUUCAAGAUGUGUGGUCUUCAACUCCCCAAACUCAAUUCUGGGAAUGGAAGUCCAGACAUCUUCAAAGUCGCCAAAGCUGAGAAACAUCAACCCCACAUCUAAGGUUCAGAGAAUUCUUUUGGAAAAAUGUCAGCCAUCAGCCCCACAUUUGGUAGAAGGUAGAGUCUUAUUUAGGGGAUCCUAAAGUAACCCUGCCUAUAUUUUCAGGGAGGGAUGCUCAGCCUCUUCUCCUGUUGUCUCCGAAUAAACAAAUCCCGUUCUUCUUUUAUGGAAUUGGAGGAAUCAAAGGCCAUUUAGUCCAAUCCUUUACUCAGGUCAUUUAGAUUUUGUAUUCCGUUUGAAAAAGUCUGGCCCAUAUUUGCAUUAUAUAUAUUAUAUAUAUGCACAUGCAAGCAAACACACACACACAAACAUUGUUCUGAAGUAUGCAUGUAAACACACAGACACACACAUACACAGCAACACACGUACUCUGAAUAAACAACCCAUUUCAUUCUCAUUGAUGGUCUCAAACAAAGCAGAAUGCUUCCAAUUUUCCCCAUGGAUAUUUUAAUCCCUGUAAUGGACUCUGAAGUAGAAAGAGAAAGUGCUACUAAUGCUAAUUUAACCCAUUGGACAGUAUUCUAGUACUCUAUUGGGCAAUAUUUCUACAAAAUGAGUUGUUUUUCUGCUGCUGUCUUUGAUUGAAUCGGUUCCAUCUGAAUGCUGUUUUCCAGAACCAAAUAUGUCCUUCCUCUACCCCAUGAAGAAGGGCAAGGAUUUAAUUCAUCAAUGUAGAAAACAUAAAACUAUUGGAAAUUAUUGUGCACUAUAGCCGUAUGAAUGCGUGGCAAUAGUUGAAUUAUUGAUAGAUGUCCAUUUAACUGGAAUUAAUGCAAAGUACAGAUUGGGGCACAGUCCUUUCCAUCCUCUGAGGACCGUGGCUACUAAAAGUUUCUUUGUAGUACAGACUGAAAAUGCAUCAUCGGCUAGAGGAAAAGAAGAUUUUUCGGGAGGAGGAAGCCUGUAACUCUGACAUUGCUUAGGCUGUCUUGUUCUCAAGUAUUCCAUGCCAUGGUCAAUUUUAGGAGGCAUGGAGGGAAGUCAACAUUGGUGUAUAGGGCAAAGACAUAUUUCAGGUUAUCGAGAUGCCCGCGGUCCGUGGAUGGAGAUGGCAAGAGAUUGUGAUUGCCAAGAAAAGGCAGAGUGACUUUUACGGCUGUCCUGAAGACAUGCAAUCCCACAGUUGGGGAUGUGGAGUUUUGACCCAUGCUUUGGACUUAUUGCCGAGGCGUCCAGGAAGACUCUGAGAUGAGAAAGCGAUCGACUGGAUGCUUUUCAGGAAUCUUCAUCCGCGCCAGGAUCCAAAGACUUCUCACAAAAUUCUUACAUCCUGUUUUGUAGGCAGUUUGCAGAAGACUUGCUGCUGACAUUGCUAUCUUAUCUAUCUAUCUAUUGCUCUGCUUACAUUGACAAAAUUGCUUCAAAAAUAAAAAUAAAAAUAAAAAAUCAGGGGGAAAAAAAGAAGCCAUCCUCAGAGAAAAUGCCAUAAAAAUGAAAACAAGCAAAUCAAAACCCUGCGCCUCUCAAUGUAAGGAUACAGCAAUCAAAUCACAAUCAAAUCUCAGUUACGGUCCAAGACCAGCAUAACCAUAAUGAUACCUAUGGCAUAGAUAAGACUCAGUUGCAUACUGUCCAGCUGAUGCAUGUACAGCAUUCUCUGGCAUCUGUUCAAUGAGCUUGAGAUCCCAGCUGCUUCCUCCUCGUUGUCUUAAAUAUCCAAAAGCCAUAGGAUCUGGUCCAUUCUUAGGGAAACAAAAAUAUGGACAUGGAUGGGUUCCAGAACCAGACCUGAAUCUUCCCAUUUCCUCUUGUGAUGUUCUCCUGCACUUCUACGGACUUGUUUUGUACCCAGCCUGCAACUUGUGUAUUAAUACAGCUACCCGCUAAUUGUGGGGACCUAUAGCCGUAGCGUUAUGUGUACACUGAAAAAACAAACAAAACCCCGUGUUAUUGAAUAGAUGCGAUCACUAUCCACGCUGACCUUUCCUUUAGACACUCGUCCUAAAAAAACCCAACCCUACUUCAUCUUGUAUAUCAACCUCCCUAGAAUGCAUACCCGUCACCUUGAAUUUCAUGUCGGGCAAUGAGAUUGCAAUAAAUUACAGACCAAAUGGGUCAUCCUGAG